UCGUUGAUUCCUUCACUGAAACUUCUCUCUAAUUUAUUUAGAUAGCCAUUUUACGAUGGCGCGAAAACAUAGACAUAUGAUUGGCUAUAAAAUACUUUGUACGAUUGUCAUUCCAACGAUGUAUUUUAUUUUCGUAAAUACGUUAACGAUAUUUCCUCCAAAUAACGCAGCAAGUGCGGGUAACCCUACGGACAUGCGAAUUCGCAAGUUAUUACAAGUUGGACCGUCUAGCAUCGAACCUGAAGAAAAUGGAGCAGACAACUGUACUCCGCCAGCAAUUAACGAAUUUCCAUCCGAUGGUCUUACUCGGGAGCAAAGACAAUCCGGAUUUAUAAUUAUACAUUUCGUCAUAGCAAUUUACAUGUUCCUGUUACUCGCCGUAGUAUGCGAUGAUUUCUUUGUACCGUCGAUUAAAAAAAUUUGCGAUAAGAUUAAUGUGACAGAGGAUGUCGCUGGGGCUACGAUUAUGGCAACGGCUAGCUCCAGUCCGGAACUGUUCAUCAAUAUCGUGGGUACAUUUGUUACGGAAGGAGAUCUGGGCGUCGGUACGGUCGUUGGCUCCGCAGUUUUCAAUAUAUUAGCCGUACCGGCUUGUUGCGGCCUAUUCGCCAAUCAGAUACUCUAUCUGGAAGGGUGGGCUGUAACUCGAGACAGUAUUGCAUACGCAAUCACAGUCCUCUUGCUAAUUUUAACCUUACGGGAUGGUCGUGUCGAGUGGUACGAAGGAUUGACUCUCAUUCUCUCUUACGUUUUGUAUAUUUUAGUAAUGUGUUUCGAUCGCAGUAUACACCGAUUUUACCAACGCUUAACGACAACAAGAAAAAUGUACAAGAAUCUAUCCGAAGAAAGUCCUCUUCUUUCUAACGAUUUUGUCAAAAGUACGGAUAUCGGUUUAUUGGAAUCAAACGAAAUGGACGAAUCGCACGAUAUCGUAAAUAUGACAAAUUGGCCGAAUUCGACGUGCCAACGAGUUUGGUGGUUGAUUACUUGGCCAAUCAAUUUCGCGCUCCUCAUUACCAUUCCCGAUUGCAGAAGAAACACAUUGAAAUCCUGGUACCCCCUUACUUUUAUCAUGUGCAUAAUAUGGAUAGCAACUACUUCGUACAUAGUUGGAUGGGUUAUCACCGUAAUCGGCGAUACAUUUAGGAUCCCCGAUUCCAUAAUGGGAUUAACUUUUCUUGCGGCAGGAAUGAGCGUGCCGGAAGCUGUGUCCAGUGUUAUCGUUGCGAAUCAAGGGCAUGGAGCUAUGGGUAUAAGUAACUCGAUCGGUUCAAACGUUUUCGAUGUGUUACUUUGCCUCGGAUUACCUUGGUUCCUGAAAGCCACACUUCUCCCCAAAAUACCUGGCAAUCAUUAUGUAACCAUUAAUUCCCAAGGUCUAGUUUACAGUUCCAUAUCGUUAUUUUCUACUCUCACCGUCCUUUAUUUAUCUCUUCUAAUUGGCAAAUUUAAGUUGACUCGAUCCGUUGGCAUAGUUUGCCUCAUCAUGUACAUAAUUUUUUUGGUGUUCGCUUCUAUCCUAGAGCUCAAUAUGUUCUUUAUAGUUAACUUACCGAUAUGCCUUCAUUGAUGCUUUAUCUAGUUGAAACAUUACUCACGACGGACAGUUUCUACGAAACAUUACGGAACAUUAAAUCGGUCAAUUCCUAUAUUACCUGUUCGAUAUUCACGUACAUUUAAAUCGUUGAAACAUCCAUGUGACAUAGCUCAACUUCUAAUUAAUUCAUUAUUACUACUUUUUCCGAAUG